AUGUCGGAGCACGCGGCGCCCGGAGCUCCGGGUCCUGGACCCAACGGCGGUGGCGGUGGCCCGGCCCCUGCGCGCGGGCCUCGCACCCCCAACCUGAACCCCAACCCUCUCAUCAACGUGCGCGACCGGCUCUUCCAUGCGCUCUUCUUCAAGAUGGCCGUGACUUACUCGCGGCUCUUUCCGCCCGCCUUCCGCCGUCUCUUCGAGUUCUUCGUAUUGCUCAAGGCCCUGGUGGUGCUCUCUGUCCUGGCCUACAUCCACGUCGCCUUCUCCCGCUCGCCCAUCAACUGCCUGGAGCACGUGCGCGAGCACUGGCCUCGCGAGGGCGUCCUGCGUGUCGAGGUCCAGCACAACUCCAGCCGCGCGCCCGUCUUCCUGCAGUUCUGUGAUGGCAGCACCCGCGGCAGCUUCCCCGGCCUGGCUGUGGAGCCUGGUGGGGGUGGCCUGGAGCCUGAGGACGAGGAGGAGGAGCUGACCAUGGAGAUGUUUGGGAACAGCUCCGUGCAGUUUGAGCUGGACAUUGAGCCCAAGGUGUUUAAGCCUCUGGGCGGCGUGGACACCCUCAAUGACAGCCAGGAGUUCCCCUUCCCCGAGACGCCCACCAAAGCCUGGCCGCAGGACGAGUACAUCGUGGAGUACUCGCUGGAGUACGGCUUCCUGCGGCUGUCCCAGGCCACUCGGCAGCGCCUCAGCAUCCCCGUCAUGGUGGUCACGCUGGACCCGACGCGGGACCAGUGCUUCGGGGACCGCUUCAGCCGCCUGCUGCUGGACGAGUUCCUGGGCUAUGAUGACAUCCUCAUGUCCAGUGUGAAGGGCCUGGCCGAGAAUGAGGAGAACAAGGGCUUCCUGCGCAAUGUGGUGUCGGGCGAGCACUACCGCUUCGUUAGCAUGUGGAUGGCACGCACCUCCUACCUGGCGGCCUUCGUCAUCAUGGUCAUCUUCACCCUGAGCGUGUCCAUGCUGCUGCGCUACUCCCAUCACCAGAUCUUUGUCUUCAUCGUGGACCUGCUGCAGAUGCUGGAGAUGAACAUGGCCAUCGCCUUCCCUGCGGCGCCCCUCCUGACGGUCAUCCUGGCCCUUGUGGGCAUGGAGGCCAUCAUGUCCGAGUUCUUCAAUGACACCACCACCGCCUUCUACAUCAUUCUCAUCGUGUGGCUAGCCGACCAGUACGAUGCCAUCUGCUGCCACACCAGCACCAGCAAGCGGCACUGGCUGCGGUGA